AGCCACCUGGCUCCAUCUAGAUGCUUGUGCUGUAACAUACCAUCCCCCUUUUAGCAACCUUGUCCUCAAGGUUGGAAUUCUGGGAACUUACUCAGUAACUCUUUGGCCCAUUCCCACGUGGCAUCUUUUGGGGACUGACCAGUCCACUGAACCAAAAACAGGGUCUUUGCCAUGUUAUUCUUCUUAGCUGGUCUGCGAGCAAGAAUAGCCAUGGGCUUGGGCAAGUCUUCUGUGUUGAGACCCUGUAGCCAUGUUGGGAUAUGUGGUUUUGCUGCACCAGGAUUGAAGGUUACUAAUAAUGUCCUUGGUGAUGUCCUCGACCCUGCAUUUGUUAUUCCCAAAGUUAACUUCUGCAUAAUGCUUCCAGAUGUUCCAGCCGAUGAUGCCUGGUGCUAUCCUUUUAAGGUUCCCUCUAAGCGUGUGAUUGUUGCCUCGCAAGUUCCAUUCGAGGUGAUGUUGCUUGAAGGAGAUGUUAUCUUUGAGAAUUGGCCCAUCUAAAAGGUCCAACUGGCUAAAGGAUGGUAGUGGGUCCAUGGAGUUCUCCUGCAUAUCCAAUAGAUCAAGGAUGUGUGGAGUAAAGUAGUUUGUUAUUUUAUCCUUGGCCUUCCAGUGAACCUCUUUUCCCUUGCCGGAGGAGGUAUUUCCGGUGACUUUCUGAUUAUGGUUGGGGCAGGAGACACCCUCUUUGUGACCAAGUUUUUUACAAUGAUUACAGAAUGGAGGGAUUCUACCAUAGAUACAAUUGACAAAGAGGUUUUCCCAGCAGAGAUGAGAUGGUGAAAAGGGCUUGGAAGUCAAUGAAAUGUAGAGGCAGAUUGUCUAAGGUAACCCAGAUAGGGAGAAUAGGACUGUCCUCCCUUCCACUAUAAUUAGGUGUCCAUUUAAACACGUAGUUUACUCAAAAUAACUGUAUGGUCAACGGAGAAACUUACUUAGACUGUAUUAGAAAAAGAAGAAACUUCCACUUGUUAUACAGACGACUUCUAUAAGAAGACUAGGAUUUCAAUACCUUCGGUCGAAAGUUAUCCUUGAGGAACUCCUGACCAUCUACUUACAUCGAUAACUUAGACGGGUGUCGUCGCACUACUUCGAUUUUCUCCAACAUAUCCUCUUCUUCUUUUGUAAAACUGACUGAUGGUGUGCCGUUGUAGAAACCUGAUUUAGUACCCACUGCUGAAGUAUUUGUAGCUUUGAAUAAAUCACUGAAGUGUUUGAUGAAUGGUUUGUAUUGUGUAUUAUGAUUAGGACCUGCCUGAGGUUUUUC